GAUGCUCAAAUUAAUAAAGCUGAAGCUGGCGUCAAGGAGCGCGGACACGACUCACGGACACGACUGCUCAGUUCGCCGACCCUGUUAAUACACCAGGAUUCAUAGCAACAUAUAGGAGAGCACACAGCAGGAGAUGAAGGUCCGGGAAGGCCAAGAGGAGGGUGCUAAGGCCAUCGCUCGCGCGGGCCACGAGGUGAUUGGAUUGCUCAGCGCUGCUCGCACCAAGCACGCGAGCAACACUUCGUUCCACUAUGACCACCAGAUGAAGAUUAUCAGCAACAGGCUGAGCGUCAAGCCCUCGCCCAACCGGUUGCAGUUCGGGCCGCCUCCGCCCGGACUGACACCAUGGCAGAUAGCAGCACAGCAAGCCCAGGAGGAGGUCGAGGCGGAGGCUGGGGACGACGACGAGCAGCCGCCGCAGCAACAGCCGCUACCACCGCCGCAGCGGCCGCAGCGGCCCGCGCAGGUGCCAGAGGUUGCGCUGCCGCUGUCGCCUCCGCCGGCGUCGACUGCUGUGCAUCACGCACAGCCGUCGGACCUUUCUUCCAUCGCCCCGACCUCGACCUUUUCGCCCUCGGCGUCCGCCUCUGCCUCGGAACCAGAAUGCACCAUUAGCGGCGCCGAGUCGUACACAGAAACAGUCACGAUGGCGGUGAUGGAACCGUCACCAGAGCCGGAUUUCGGCAUAGGGCUGUGUGAGCGUGAGGAGCCAGCGGCCGGGGCCGGGGCAGAGGACGAGGAGGACGAGGGCGAGGACGGCGGCGCUGCCUGCCUCAGCGUUCCCGGAGAAGUGGGCGCCGGCUCUGACCAGCAGCUGCCGAAGCUACUGCCACCGCUCUCCCUGCGCGCCGCCAGUGUUAGCGCCAGCGGUGCCGGCUACAGCAGCACCAACGGCCAGAACCACAUUGCCCGCGCCCUGGGCGGCGGCAGCACCGGCAGCGCCACCGGCAGCCGGCGGCACUUGUCGCAGGCGGGCUCGCGCGCCGGACGCGGUGAAUGGACGACGUACGUGCGCGUCGGGCCGCCGCCACCAGGCACCAGCCCCCAGAAUACCUUCCGCCGCGCGCUGAGCCGCAAGGCCAGUCGCAAGCUGGCAGCCUCAGGCGGCGGCAACGGCGGCGGCAGCUCGAAGCUAGGCGCCAACGGCGGCGGCAGCUUGAAGCUAGGCGGCGGCGGCGGCAGCUCGAAGCUAGGUGGCGGCGGCGGCGGCGGCGGCAGCUCGAAGCUAGGAGGCGGCGGCGGCGGCAUGGGCCGGCUCGGCGGCUUCGCUGCAGUGGCGGCGAUGCACGACGAUGCGGCGCACCACAAUAUGCCGGCGGCACUGGGGCCGCUGCGGAGGGAGGACGUGAUGGCCCUUCCGGACAUCGCAAACAUCGGCGUUGGCGAGCGCGUUGGCGAGCGUGGUGGUUCUGUGACGUCGAGCCAAGGGGGAUUGUCUGGGUCGGCGUCGCGGGGCGGGCUGCUGGGGUUGGUGGCGGCAGGCGGCACGGCAGGGGUAGGCGGCGCGGGCGGGAGCGGCGCCGCAUCGCCUGUGCCGGGCGGUGGGAGUGCGGCCACAGCGUCUGCGUCAGUGACCGCGGCGGUGGGGGCGGGCGGCAUGGGGCCGCCGGUGCAGCGACGCUUCAGCCACAGCAGCAACGGAGCGCCCGGGGCUGGUGGUGGUGGCAGCGGUGGCGGCGCCCCAACCGGACUGGCGCUGCGUCCGACGCCGCUGCAGCCGGCGCCACCAGAUUCACCGACGCCGUCCGACACGGGUCGUGCCAGCUCCUUCGUGGGCCCCUCGUCCUUCGCCUCCACCUCCGUCGCCAUCGCUGCGGCGGCCGCUGCAGGCACUGGCUCGCCUUUGCGCGUGUCUAUCACAGCGGGCAGCGGUAGCGGCGGAAGCGGCGGCGGCAGUGGCGGCGGGGCGCCUCACCGUAUGUUUGCCGCAGGCGGCGGUGGCCGCCGGCCGCUGAGUAUCACCACAAGCGGCGCGAUUGCGUUAGCCAACUCCUCUGGACCCUACGUCCUCCCUCCCACACCGUACGGCGGUCCAGCGCCGACCAUUCCUGGCGGCGGCAUUCCCGGCGUCACCUCGCGUGGCGGGUUGGGGCAAGCGUCACAGCAGCCUCCGUCGUCUCAGGGGGCAACGCCGCCGCUGGCGUCGCAGAACUCCCACUCACUUGCUGCAGCGGCGGCGCGCAACACGCUGCCGUCGGCGCCGGCGGGCGCUUCGGUGGCGGCGGCAACCGCGAGUGCCAAGGGCGGUGGGACGGUGGAGCGGGCAGCUUCUGGGCCGCAGUAACAAAAGGGGAGUAGAAAGACCGGGGGGCAUUAGGAGGUAGUAUUCUAGUAGAGCGCGUGAAUAGGUCGCCUUCGGCGCUUGAGCGUUGAGGCGGGGCGGCUGCCGGCUGUGUGUUUGUGUUUCUUCAACUAUUACCGGUAUGCGUUUUAUGGAAUUGUACAAAAGAAACGUGGUGAGGUAGCCAAUGGCAUCUGUCUAGAGUUCCAAACGCGGCAGCAUCGUGCGGCCGAAAGGGUCGCGUCUGUAUGAAGUGUCGGUGGUUGCGCAGGGGCAAGCAGAAGAUAUUCAUCCGAUUGAUUGGACGGGGCGAUUGCAUACUGUGUGGGUCAAAUGGCUUCCGUGGCACUGUUACGGAGGUGAGCAGCCGCUGGGAAAGUCAUACAGCUGGGCGUUUGUCCGUUGCGUCUUUUUGUGAUUGUUCGAUGCGCGUGUUAGGUGAUUCAAGGGGACGGGGUGGUUGGCGUCGCAUGCAGAUGUUCGGAAAGGAGAGACGGUCAACCCCGUGUGCGCGUGCGCACGUGCACGUGUGUGCGCUGGGCCAUCGGCACAUGUGCGCUGUAACUCAUGGGGGUGUGGCUCCUGCCGA